AUGAUCUGCCUUUCAGAUAACACCAUCCAGUCGGUUUUCUGUUGCUGCUGCUGCUGUUCUGUGCAGAAGCGAGAAGCGAGAACGCAGAUGAGCCCCAGCAAAGAUGAAGAACGCUCUGGAAAAUACGCACCACGUCACAGGCCCCGGCUCCUCGAGCUGCCAAGUAAGAAGAAAUCCAACAGGAGUCACGGGCAGCCGUCCAAACGCAAGCCACUGCCUCCCCUGCCUGUCUCCGAGGGAGCUGAAGAGAUGAUCCAGGUGAAGGCACUUUAUGACUUCCUGCCCAGAGAAUCCUGUGAUUUAGCUUUAACGAGAGCAGAAGAAUACUUGAUAUUGGAGAAGUAUACACCACACUGGUGGAAGGCAAGAGACCAGCAGGGGAACGAAGGCUUAAUCCCAAGCAACUAUGUGACUGAAAACAAGCUGACCAAUUUAGAAAUAUAUGAAUGGUACCAUAAAAACAUUACCAGAAACCAGGCAGAGCGUCUAUUGCGACAAGAGUCUAAAGAAGGUGCAUUUAUCGUCAGAGAUUCAAGACAUGUCGGAUCUUACACCCUUUCGGUGUUCAUAAGAGCGAGAAGAAGUACUGAGGAUACCAUCAAGCAUUAUCAGAUUAAAGAGAAUGACUUAGGACAGUACUACGUGGCAGAAAGACACCUCUUUCAAUCAAUCCCUGAACUGAUCCAGUACCACCAGCACAACGCAGCUGGUCUCAUGACCCGUCUGCGCUACCCAGUUGGACUGAUGGGCAGCUGUUUGCCAGCCACCGCUGGUUUUAGCUAUGAAAAGUGGGAGAUCGAUCCAUCUGAGUUGGCUUUUGUAAAGGAGAUUGGAAGCGGUCAGUUUGGAGUGGUCCACUUAGGUCACUGGCGAGCGCAUGUCCAGGUAGCCAUCAAGGCCAUCAAUGAAGGCUGUAUGUCUGAAGAAGAUUUCAUUGAAGAGGCUAAAGUGAUGAUGAAGCUAUCGCAUUCACGGCUGGUGCAGCUGUAUGGAGUGUGUAUACAGCACAAGCCCCUUUAUAUUGUCACAGAGUUUAUGGAGCACGGCUGCCUGCUCACCUACCUCAGGGCGAGAAGAGGAAGGCUCAGCAAGGAGGUGCUGCUGAGCGUGUGCCAGGAUGUCUGUGAAGGCAUGGCGUAUCUGGAGAAAAACAGCUUUAUUCACCGGGAUUUAGCGGCAAGGAAUUGUUUGGUCAGUUCUACGUGUAUUGUAAAAAUUUCGGACUUUGGAAUGACGAGGUAUGUUUUGGACGAUGAAUAUAUCAGCUCUUCUGGAGCCAAGUUCCCCAUCAAGUGGUCCCCUCCUGAAGUUUCCCACUACAACAAGUACAGCAGCAAGUCGGAUGUGUGGUCAUUUGGUGUUCUGAUGUGGGAAGUGUUUACAGAAGGCAAAAUGCCUUUUGAAAAUAAAUCAAACUUACAAGUUGUAGAAGCCAUUUCUAAUGGCUUCAGGCUCUACCGUCCCCACCUGGCAUCCAUGCCCAUCUAUGAAGUCAUGUACAGCUGCUGGCACGAGAAACCCAGAGGCCGGCCUGCGUUUGCUGAGCUGCUGACGGCUCUCACAGAGAUUGCAGAGACGUAA